AUGGCUCUCCCAACCUAUACCAUGUCGUGUUUCUUACUACCAAAGAAGCUGUGCAAACAAAUAGCGGGCGUAAUGGCUGAUUUCUGGUGGAAGAACUCAAAGGAGAACAUGGGUAUACAUUGGAAGGCUUGGGAGAAGCUUUGUCAUCCCAAAGAGGUAGGAGGUUUGGGUUUCAAAGACAUCGAAAGCUUCAAUGUAGCGCUACUUGGAAAACAAUUAUGGAGAAUGAUAACUUGCAAAGAUACGUUGAUGGCAAGAGUGUUUAAUAUAAGAUACUUCCAAAAAUCAGAUCCACUGAUGACGGUGAGGUUGGGAUCAAGACCAUCUCAGCCAGCGAGACCUGUCAGAAUGAUAAGAAGAAUCCAGCCGGACCUCAUCAACCAGAUGUAUGUGCUACACAAAGUUAAAGACCUAAUGCUUCCGGGAAGGAAGAAGAGAAUGGAACAGAGAACUCCUAGUGACUGCUUUUGGAGAGGAAGAGGCAAAGAAGAUAGAGGGAUAAGACCAGGAGGGGAUCAGGCAAAAGACUCAUAUUGCUGGGAUUUCACUAAAACGGAAAAUGAAGAGUCGAUAAAUCAUAUGUUGUUCCAAUGUCACUUCGCCAGAUUAGUUUGGGCACUCUCAGCCGUCCCAGCUCCUGUCAAUAGAGAUAUGUCUGAUUUGAUCUAUACUAAUCUCCAUGAGGUCAUGACAGUGGCACAACAACACCCUGGAGAAGAAGAAGCAGAAAAGUUGGGACCAUGGAUCAUUUGGAGAUUAUGGAAAGAUAGGAAUGAUCUGAUCAUUAAAGGUACUGAGUAUGAUCCCAUGGCGAUAGUGAUGAAAGCGAAAGAGGACAUGGAAGAGUGA